AUGAGGAGGAGUGGGUUUAGAAGACGUGAGGUUGAUCAUGAUUGUUACUUGAAGAAGUUAACCUCAUCAUACAUCAUCCUCGAAUUAAAUGUUGAUGACGUGUUGAUUGCUGGCUCCAACACACAGAAGAUCAAUGAGCUUAAGAUGCAGUUGACUAGAGAGUUCAAGACAAUGAACUCAGGGGAUACUAAGCUGAAGAAAGUCCUUAGUAUGGAGAACUCAACAGAUGAAUCAAAUUUGGAAAGAAUAACCGGUGAUGAAGGAAAAAAGAAGUCGACCACUUUAUUGGAACACAAACCUAGAGUGAACAAGAACAGAUUCAAUCAAGAAAGAGGGGAAAUCAAACUAAACAAGAUGUUGAACAGCGGCUGCACGGCGGAGGGUUCCCUGAACAGCUCAAAAUUCAAUGAUCCGAUGCCGUGGAUAGGCAUAUAUGUAGCAGCAGCAUCAUUAAUAUGCGCCGUAGCCAUGGCCAUGGAUGCCCUGCAUGGUUUCAGGUACAAAAAAUUCUGGUUUCCUUGCAAAUUCUUCACCCUCAAUGCCACGACUCUUACUGUUAUAGCAAUCGCCAUCAAGUUUUCUGUCGAUCUGAAUGCCGCCAUGCCCCGCCGCCAAGAUCAGCUAGCAAAAGUCAGCAGCUCGGCCUUCAUAUGUAUGGUGAUGGGUAACUUACUGCCUUCUUUAGGAAUCAUGGAAGAUACUGAACUCAUGAUGAACAUUAUAGCUUUGGGGAUUCUUGUCAUCACUGCGAUCACCAACAUCUGUAUACAAAUGGGUACCGGAGUUAUCUUUGAAUUUUGGAUAGAACAUGCUGUGAUCAUGCUUCUUAUGCUUAUUUUACUUGCAAUCUUGUGUUCUUUAUCAAUAGCCAUCCCAACUAAAAAGUAUUAUUUGGAUAUAACAUACGAAAAGAAAGCCAAAAAAGCCAAAAAAGUUUGUUUCACUCGAAGAAAUCUAUCAAUAGCCGAGAGGCUACCACAAGAUUUAGCCAAGUAUUGGAUGAUGGCAUAUACCUCUAGUCCGCAGUUUGUAAUAGGACGUUCUGCACCAUGUUCAGCUUCAGGAGCUUUUUGUCUUUUCAACAUGGUGAUCUUAGUAGAAUCCAUACUCAGAACUCGCCUCAUGCCUUGGUCUUUUACAUUUUGCAAUGGAGAUUCUGACUACAAAUGGUCGACUACCCUUGUGCUCAUCAGCCAAACAGUCGCAGUUGCAGUAGGAACAAUUUCACCAGCUUUUAGAUGGUUCAUGACUAUCAACUUCAGGUGUCCAAAAAAGGCAGAAAAGGCUUGUGUAAGUGAGUUUGUUGUGGAAAGGUAUUGGAUAAAGAGGCUGGUGAUGUGGCAGGUUCAGCCAUUGAAUUUCAGAAUCUGUAAUCGGCGUUUAAGAAAACAGCUUCAUGGUGCAAAAUUUCAAAUCUUCGGUUUGUUUAUACGUGGUCAAAAGGCACUGGUUUUUUCAUGCAAGAUGAUCAGGUUUAUUUCAAUUUUCUUUGUCGGGAGGUUCUUGAGGUUAUACAAGUUCAUUACAAGAGAUAAUAGUGUGUCUUGUAGUGACUCGGAGAUUGAGUUCAGGCAUAAUGACAAUAUGGAUCUAAGUCAUUAUGUGAUUUAUCUUGAUGGAGAAGAAGGAUUGGUGGAUUUGAUGACGGAAAACAAUAGUGAUGCCACUGCUCACUGGAUCAGAAUGGGAGAGAAGCAGCAGCCAAGAAAUCUUAUAAAACUUUUAGAGCAGUCAAAAUGUUCAAGUCAUGUAUUCAAAGGAGUCCAAGAGUUUGAUAGUGAUAAAGUUCCAUCGUUGGGCUGUGGAGAACCUCCAAAUUGUUGGGCUCUCCCAAUCGUGACAUUGACAAGCAUCGCAAUUGCAAUCCCAAAUAUUGAUCAACAACAAAUCGAGCAAUUAGUUUGUGGUGUAGAUGAAGGCCUCAAGUAUGUCUGCAAGAUAGAAAAUUACAUGGACAACAAAACCGAACUGAAACAUGUCAGGAAAACAGCAGAAAUAGUCUGGGCGGAAGUUGAACUCUAUAACAGGUGGCUAGACGUUGAUCUUUGUAAGCUUGGAAAUCAAGGAGAAACUGAUGUUAUCAAAUUACUUGCUGAUAUCGGAAAGGGAAAAUUCAUGGAAUUUGCUGAUAAAGGCAUGAUGUUUAUGAACGAGUGUUUAAAGGAGGUCCCAUCACGAUGGCCCAUGAAGGUGUUGGCAGCAAAUUCCAUGUAUAGAAUAUGUGAAACGCUCUUGUUGGAGAAACAUGAAACCAGUGAAAGACUAUUUGAGAAGAUAUCUCUCACGAUCUGUAAUAUUUUAACAGCAGCUUUGACUAAUCUCCAACAUGUUAUUAUCAGCAAAUGCCAUCAGAGUCCGAUUGAGGAAAGGGAGAAGAGUAUCAGAAGUGCAGUUCUCCUUUUCGGGAAAACGAAAAGGAUAUUACAAGUUAUUGAUGGAAAUAGGCUUGAAGAUUCGGAUCAUGGAAAACUUAUACACAUCGAUGACUGGCAUCUAGCGAGCAAGCAGAUGGAUACACUGUACUCAAUGUCUUCUUCUUCAACAGAUCAGGAUACAGCUGUCUCUAGUCCAUCUGAUCACAUGUAUAUAUUAGUUGAGUAA